AUACUUUGACAGUUAUAUUUAAGAAAAACUAUCUUACAAUGUGAUUUAAUCGCACUCCAGUAUAGUUUAUUCAUCUUGUGUUCAUCUUCAUUCUUCAUCCUGGGUUAGGGUCUUGUAUCUUUUAGGCUUAUAAUAAAACCUUUGAAUUUUAUCUUACAUUUUUUGAUACGACAGAUGUUCAAGAAACGUGGUCUAUUUCUAUUAAUGUGAAAUGGUGAAUGCUCCGUGCACUUAGUAUAAAUAAACUACAUCGUUCAUAUUAACUAACAACUAUUCUACAUAUUUACCCAUUAAAAAUAUUUACGAGUUUCUGCCCCCCCCCCCAAUCACCCAAUCACCCAAUCAUCACCAUCAUGCCAAUAGCUCAGAGUCAAGUUAUCAUAACAAUAUCUCACAUUGUAUUCUUAAUAUUCCUUGUGUUUCAAAAUGGUGGCGCCAAUUUAACGAUUUUCAAAAUAUUUUCAGAUGACAUAAUGAACCAUCUUGCAUCUCUCAAAUGAAGGAUAAUGGCGGAAAGUGAACGGAAAAGACAACUUUCUGAAUCUUCCGAUUCUGAAGACGACCAAAAGAAAACAGCCAGGAUUGAUGAAGACAGUUCUGCCUCUGAUCUGACCGAAGUAACAGAUUCCGAAUCAUCUUCUGACUCCGACUCCUCCGGAUCCAGUUCAAGUUCAUCCUCAAGUAGUGGAAGCGAUGAGACUUCUAAACCGUGCUCCCAGGGCAAAGUUAAAUUAGGAAAGCAGAAGAACGGAGAUAUUGAUCCUUCUCCCAACCCUAAACACAGCCAUCCUCCUCCUCACAACACUUCAGGAGUUGAACUCACUGAUUCUCUUGCUCCGGAACCAUCUGAAACCUUGAAUCUGAACCCUAAUGAAUCCUCAGCCAAUUCUCAACACAGCAUAAAGAAAAAUUCUCAGAAGAAUUCUCAGUUGGAACAAAAUUGCCAGAAUUCUUCACUGGCUGCAUCUGAUACUAUGGACAGUAGAACUGACAACGAUCUUGAAACUGAAACAGAAAACUGCCUGGACAACACUACAGAUAAACAAGUAAUGAUCACAACAAAUAACUCGGCAGAUAUUCUGUUGGACUCACUAUCAGAUACUUCUUUUAAUACUUUACCAGAUAAUUCUUCUAAACCAGAUACUAAACUAAAUAACUGUAUGGAAACAGAAGCAGAUAACUGUCUGGAAACAGGAGCAGGCAAAUGUCUGGAAUCAGAAACAGGCAACUGUCUGGGAACAGGAACAGAUGGGAAUUUUAACCUGGACGAGAUUCAGCAGUUUCUAGCUGGAGGAGAUGAGGGGUUUGUAGACCCAGUGUUUGUAGAUCACGAGGACUCUCAGAAUGCUGCAGAUCUCGACCAGCUGGUCUUCGAGACAGAGAAGGAUAAUCAAGAGGAGGUAGAUAAUUUUUUAAAUGAUCCCCGUCUCGGGAUAAUCUGCUCAAAUUCAGCAUCCCUGGCAACUUCUAAAGAAGGUUCUGUUAACCUUAAUGAAUUCGAGGACGGAGAAUUAGAAAGUACUCCUGAACCCUGCCUUUCCUUAGGACCUAGUUCUUCUCCGGACCCUAGUCAAGCUCUCCUGACUCCGGACCCUAAACAUUCUUUAUCCGAGGAACCUAAACCUCUCGCAAACCUUGCUCAGAUAUCCAGUCAAGAAUCCAACCUCAAAAAACCAGAUCCGGUCCAACCUGCUCCAAAGGAGUCGGGAGCAGAAUCAAAACCCAUCCCUGUCGAGGGUUCAGUGUCUUGCAGCAGGUCUCGGAGUAAACCUGAACUCUUGUCCCGUCCUAGUCAAUCCUCUCUCAAACCAGCGCUCUCCGAACCUGAAUCCGAUCAUGAACAUGAUAAAUCCAGAAAACGAAAGAAAUUGAAGAAACGCCGCGACGUUAAAAUUACCGGAAGUGAUGAGUCGGACGAAGACGAAAUGCCGCGUACAAAGUCCAAGAAAAAGCGGAAAGAUAAGAGUCCGAACCAUUCUACAGUCGACAAAUCUAAAACCAGAGAUUCCUAUAUUAAUAGAAACAAGUUAGUUAAUAAAGUUACAAUUGGCAUUUCCGGAACUACGGCACAUGGAGUCAAGCCUGGAGCUGUACCCGAACCUGUACCUGGAGUAGUACCUGGAGCUCGGGAUCAGAAAUCGUCAGGUUCCCACGCGGAGAGAAAGCUUUCCGCCGUAUCCGAACCUAAGCCUGGUCGGGAUGCAAAGCCAAAGUUUUCAUCCCAAACUGUUACAUCACGUGAUAACAAGUAUUCCACGUCUUCCAAACUAGAUAAAAUUUUACCACCACCGCUGCCGCCUAUCGUUGCCGGCCCGUCUCAACCCAAACUCCCUGCCGUACCCGCCGCCAUAUCAACCUCUCCGACUCGUCCUUCAGAGCCUUCAAGUUCAAACCAUCCUAGUUCAAACUCAUUGGUGCAUAUACCUAAACCUUCCAACCGACCUGGAGGAUCAAAACUCAAGACGGAUCCAUGUGAUGCAUCCUCUCCGGCUUUGAGUGAUGAUGGAUCCUCGGAGAGGGAUUGUGUAUUGAAGGACCCGGCCGAGAGUAUGGAGGAGGAGGGGAAAGUUGAGUGUCCACGGAAAAAGUUAAGCUUGAAGGAUUACAAGGCUAAGAAGGAAGCUGAACUAGCGAGGAAAAGUGCCGAGGAGGAGGAGAGUAGUUCAGAGCAUUUAUCACAGAAUGAGACAAGUAAAGAACCGUCUCCUGAGCCCUGCAAGAGGAAAAAGCAAAGUAAAGAGAAGAGAAAGAGAGAAGUGGAAGAAGAUAAGAGAGGGGAAUACGUAGACGAGAGAAUGGAAGAAGAAGAAGAAGAAGGAGAAGGAGAAGAAGAAGAAGAAGAUGGAGAAGAUGAAGAAGAGGAUAAUGAAUUACAAAAUUAUACAAAUGCCAGAAACAAAAAUUCAGAGUUUGAUGAUGGUUGUUCCGACUACCUGGGUAUAGGAUUUGAUAUCCUGGAUCAGAUUGAGAACGACUCCGAAACGGACAGCAAGAGCGUCUCUUCCGGUGAGAGCAUGGACGAGGAGGUGUACGACCUCCUCGAGCAGGACGUCGUCAAGACGAAUGAGAGCAUGGAGCACGUGGUUCUGCCGGAGGACAAGUUUAUUAAGCUGGUCCUAGAGGACAGAGGUGGAGGACACUUUGAUGUUUUGCCUCGAGGUUGGGUUAUUGUAGUUCAUCAUUCAGGGAUGCCAGUUUAUCUUCACAAGGAAACAAGAGUUAUAACCUUGUCCCGGCCCUAUGACGUUGGUGAUGCUAGUGUACGGAGACAUAAUAUUCCAAUCUCAUCCAUCCCCUGCUAUGCAUACAGAUAUAGUUCUGAGGUUCAAGAGAAGCAGCCAAGCAGCUCUGUCACCCAGACGAGCAGCUCAGAUACGCAGCAAACGAGCAGAUCCGACACACGAUCGAGCAGCUCCAAUACCCAAACUAGCAGCUCCGUGAGCCAGCCUAAACCUAGCUGUCCGGUGCAGUCUGAUCUAGAAACUAAUCCCAGCUCAGUAGAUAAAUUUAGUAAAGGUUAUAAAGUAUGUCCGUUCCCUGGUGGUGGAUACGGGAGGGAAAAUGUUUCCCCAGACUCAACUACUAUAGAUCCUAAUAGGGAUGAAAUGCCAAUGGAGACAGAUUCUACUGAGACUGAACCUGGCAGCAGUGGUUUACCAGGACCCGGGGUCGGUGAACCUGGCAGCAGUGGUUUACCAGGACCCGGGGUCGGUGAACCUGGCAGCAGUGAUUUAGCACCUGGAGAUAGAGAUAAAGCAACAGGUCCUCAGAUGGAAACUAUUGAGGAGACUAGACGGGAUCUGACCCCCCUGGAGGUGCAAGAGUACUGCAGGAAGGUGUUCACCUUCAAGGAGGUGGAGGUGGCCAGGUUUAAGUCAUGGAAGGAGAGAAGGAAGUUUCAACGACAAGAGGGGAAGAGAAGAAUGGAACUGGAGAGACCCCAGCUACCUGAGGGCACCAAGGUGCUGACCAUACCUACGGUUGAGUUGACCAAGAUCGAUGGAACGGAGGGUGACUCCGCCAUGAACCAGCAGGUCGUCAAGAAGUCGAAGAAACAGUGGGUUCUCAACCCUAACGGAAAGAGCAUGGUAUGUAUUCUCCACGAGUAUGUUCAGCAAAGUUUAAAGUCUUAUCCUAACUACAAGUUCGCAGAGCUGGAUAACGCCGCCACCCCUUACUCGGCCACCGUUUACAUCAACGAGAUGGAAUACGGCAGGGGAGUAGGUUCCAGCAAGAAGGUUGCAAAAUCUAGAGCUGCAAGACAAACCCUGGAGAUGAUGCUCCCGACGAUCAAGGAUAAGCUGCCGGAGGAGCCAGGGGAGAGAGGAGAAGAUGAACCUGAUCUCAAGUUCUUCAAUGAUAUCCGUGUAGAGGAUCCAAGGGUGGCGGAGCUAUGCAACCGAGCCAGUGAACCCGGGCCUUUUCAUAUACUUGUCACGUGUUUACAGAGAAACUACGGGGUCGGGGAUACCGGUAUUAAGCAGGACAUGAAGCCGGCCAGGAAUGGGAGGAUGGAGUACAUCAUGUCCGUCAACAAGAGAGAGGUUUCUGUGAUCUGUAAGAAUAAAAAGGAUGGAAAGCAGUUGGCAGCCCAGAAACUGCUCCAGCAGCUUCAUCCUAAUAUUGGAAAUUGGGGAAGCUUACUUAGAAUGUACGGAAAUAGGGCUUCAAGAAAACAGAAGCAAAAGAAAAUGAAAGAAACAGAAGUUUUAGCUCUGCAGAGUAAAAGUUCUGUUCUAAAGACAGGAAGCCAUUCCAUCGCAAUCCUUGCCAAGCUGAAGGAUGAGAUGCGAAACCUUCGAGAUAUUCGCAACUCCUUUGUUCCUCUCGGUAAAUUCCAGCCACCCGCUGGGGUCCGCCCCUCAGGCCUGGACACCGAUCAUCUCGAUAUUUAAAUUUUUUUAAUGCUCCCUUUUCCUCCUCAGAUGGAAUUAUUGCAACAUUCAUAUUACUGUCAUAUUGGACAAGCUCAUAGAGUGAGACUUCUUUCUGACAUUGUCCUGAGAUGCUAUGGACAAUUGUUAGAGUUAGUCCUUGUCCUGACAGUGUUUUGAGAUGUUUAGGACAAUUUGUUGUUUGUACUGUGUAGCUUUUACUUUAUGUAAGCGUACCGUGUACUAAAGUACAAUUAUCAUUCAAUAAGUUCCAUCGGGGAACGACAGGACGAUUAUUUUUUUUCUAAAUGUAUUUUUUGACAUUACUUGAAAUUAUGAAUUAGUAAAAUGUGUGGAUAAAUUUGUUCGAUGUCAGUAGAUACUGUACACAGUAGAUACUGUACACAGUUUUUGACAUUUGGACGUACAGUGUACUUUGAGUUUAUAGUGAAGUACAGGUCCUUAUUUAAGUUGUUACGGAGUCCUUUAUGUACUGGAAUUUAUCGGUACUUUUUUACAGUUGUAUACUAAUACUCAGUAUAAACAAGGUUACCCACAAAGGAUGAGACUUCAGAGACGACUGUACAGAAAUUAUACUGUCUGUUUCCUUAUAUUUAUGAUUCCCUGCAAUCUUAUUUCUAUCCCUGCUCCAUCAAUAUAAUCAACACUCUACUCAACCUUGGAAUCUGAGAUUUCAGUCUCAUCCAACCUUGUAGCUAUCUACAACAGUACUCGGGGGCAUAUUUAAUAAUUCAUUAUUUUACUUCAAAUUUAUAAAUGAGUUACAAAAAAUAACAUUUUCAAACUUUCUUUUGCACGUGUAAAUGUUGACAUGAAAGAAAGCGUUAUGAAAGUUAUCUUUGUGCUGAUUCAGACGAAAUGUUUUCGAAGACCCAUUUCUUAUUUGAGUUAAUUGUCCCGCCAAAUGUUUCAUUUCUGUUUCUGUGUAAGAUGUACAUAACUGAAAGGUACCCACCCCAAUUACUCAUAUUAAUAUAUUCGCAAAGGGCAUAUGUACAUAUCAUGUACAUUGUACAGGUUUUAAAGGUCAAAUAUCAUAAAUGACUCUAGUACACUGUUCAGGAUAAAUUAAACUGACGACACACAUGGUUAUGGUUUAUGACCAGUUAUAUUAUGUUCAAAUUGUUUAAAUAAACAUGUAUGUGUUGUGAUCAAAUGUACUUCUUUAAUAAAUUAGUUUUUAUCUUUUAAAUGUAGUUACUAGUUAGCAAGUUAAAUUUAUGUAUUCAAUAAUCUUCUCUUGGGUUUGUAUUUUUUCUCAAGAUCUCUUUUUCAGAUCAAAAU